AUGUCUCCUUCCUGCAAAUUGGGGAUUAAGGGUUGGCUGGCGGAAUUGUUGCACAGGCAGCAGGAAAGUGGUUCUGUCAGCAAGUCACUCACCGCCACCACCAGCCCCAGCUUCUCUGAGCUCCCGCUCUUCUCCCAAAUCCCUCUUCACCAACUCCUUAGAACUGGACGCUCACUGAACGUGAAUGAAGCCUGGCUGAGUGGUGCUUCUCCGUUCCUUGGGGAGACCAAGCAGGAGACGUUGGCCAACAUCACCGCCGUCAGCUACGAAUUUGAUGAAGAAUUCUUCAGCCACACCAGCGACCUGGCAAAAGACUUCAUCCGGAAACUUCUGGUGAAAGAUACGCGGAAACGGCUCACAAUCCAGGAAGCACUCAAGCACCCCUGGAUCAGGUCCAAAGAAGGCUCCAAAGUCCAAGGCCACAGGAGGACCGAGCACAGGCCACUGAAGACCAAGUGGCUGAGAGAUUACACCAUCAAAAGCCACUCCAGCAUUCCUCCAAACAACACCUAUGCCACCUUCGAACGCUUUGCCCGCCUGGUGGAGGACGUCUCUGGCAUGGAGAAGAGCUUCGGCACCCUGGCCGCCUCCCACGACUCCUUGCAGGGGGAUCUCGACACGCUGGUCUCCAUCUACGACGAGAAGGAAGCUUGGUACAAGGAGGAGCACGAAAGCGUCAAGCACGAGCUUUCCCAGCUGAAGUACGAAUACCGCAAGAUCGACUCCCUGAAGAAGCACCUGAAGGAGGACGUCCAGGCGGUGGGCGCCAACCUCACUGGGGUGGCGGGGAGGUACAGGGGCCUGCAGUCGCACUACGAACGGCUGAGCAAGGAGCUGUCGGAAGAACUCCGGUGGAUCCAGGACUUGACGGGCAGCUUCUGCUCCGAGGGCAGCAACGAGGGCUACGCGCCGGGCAGCUUCGGCUGCGUCUUCCAGAAGGACCUCAACGAGCUGCUGAACAGGUCCUGCUACGAAGAAUUCCUGGCGGCCUUAAACCUGAGCAUGACAAAAUCCAGCCAGUGAUGCUGCUGAAAAGAGAGAGAUUGCUGCUGCUGCUUCGGUCCGAAUCGGUGAGGAAUUGCUUGGAAGGGAGCCUGCCCCAUUCAGGAGGCCUGCGUGUUGAACUCACACGAUUGGGUUUAUUUUUGAACAAUGUUAUUUGACAGGCCCUUGUUACCACCGCAUUUUUAUAUAUUUUUGUCCCUGUGAAGAUACGUCCCAGUGGAGAUGCCUUCGGUUCUGGAUGCCGUGGUUGGGUCCCAAUGAAUUUCUAAUGAGGCUUUGCCUGUUUUUUUUUCAAAGCUGGCCCUAUUUUUAUCCUUAGGAAGAUGUCCCGGGCUUACCUUCACCUCUCCAGGCCUCCUCAAGACUUGACUGCAGUUCAGCAUCCUUAAAAGCUUCUUAUUUAUUGCUGAGUUGACGUUGUAAAUAGACAUUGAUUUCCUCUCCUUUUGAAAUUCCGUAUGGAACUAUUUUUAAUAAUGGAGCCAGAUGCGAAGUCGCUUGGGCUCU